CUCGGCAGUCAGUCAGUCGGUUUGGCACCGGCGGCCUCGACGCACGAUCGGCGCGCCUCUCUCUCUCGUAUACACAACACUCGACUUUGUUUUUCACCGUAUUUUCUCCUACUCGCGUGUGUGAUUCUGUGCUUCUUGGUGUGUUUGUGGGAUACUUCUCGGAGAUACUUCCUAGAGAGACAGAUAUCGAGGGCUGCUUUCCAGGCGAGUCUCGCGCAAAAAUCCUCUCCCAGCGCAUCUCUCGCACGUGAGCAAAGAACAUAAUGGAGAGAAUCACUUGUGCCGGCUGACGUUAUCGAUGUAAUGACUCCGAGUCCAAACCGAACCAGCACAUCAUCCUCAAUACGCGAGAUCUAGGCCGGAAAUUCAAGCUCGGACACAAUAUUCCGGAGAGGAGACGACGAGCAGCAGAGAGAAUGAAGCUGUAACGGUAGCGGUGGAAUCGCAGCCUUGAACGAUGUCGACGCAGUGCAGGCACUUCGUGCAGAACGCCUGGAAGAAGGAGCUCUGCUCGAACUGCUUCAAGUCACGAGAGGAACAUGCGGCUAAUCAGGAGAGCCACAGGCAGAUAGUCACCAGGACGGCCAAUAGCGUCAAACGCGUCGCUCACAAGGUUCAGGGCAUCCUGCGCUUGAAAGAAGCCAGCCCACCGAACCAAGUCCGCUCGAAGCGCAAGAAUGUCGCCUUCCCGGAAUCUCUUACCGAGAUCAUUGGUUACGACGGCGGCGACGACCUAGGGUCGGACUACGAGUACGACGACCCGAACCAACCUGACGAUCCGGACAGCGGCUGUGGUGACGAUGACGGUCUCGAGGUCAGCCUCGGCAGUGACGUCGAUGAUCUUCCCGACAGCGAGGAGGAACGAGCUCUCGGUAACCUCACCAGGGCGAACACGAACUUCAAUACCGUGACGGCCAACCUGACCGGCGCGGUCCAACCUAACGAUGUCAAAAGCUUCGCGAGCCUGAUGCUAGGCAGGGCACCGAAGGAUGGAGACACCAAGAAGAAACCGCUGCUCGUUACAGUCACGCCUUUCGGGGGCGACGACAGCGUUCCCACUGCCAGGAGACCAAGCGACAAAAAGUCUCCGGAGCAGACCAAGCCAAAACCGGCAGCCGAACCUACGUCCAAACCUGCCCCCGAACCCGUGAUUAAGAAGCCUCUCGACGAGCCCAAGCCAUGCCAACAACCGCCAACGACGAAAACGAUCCCCAACAGCAAUAAUUCGAACCUGGGCAAGAUCGUCGAUAUGCCGUUGAUCACGUCGACGAACCUCCUGUCGGUCAUCGAGACCAAGUCGACGAGCAGUACCGAGCAGAAGCAACGGGCGACGAGCAUCGCUAGGACACCGGCGAUUAAGAAGCCCGAGAACGAGAAGCCUAGAAUUGCCGUUGCGCAGCCCAAUGUGGACCAGAACACCGCGAGGAACCACAAAAAUCUGGAGAUGUCCAACGGAGUCGAGCUCAAUCUCAGUCCGAUCAGAGUCGGUGAGGAGAUCGUCAGGGAGACCACUACCUUUGGAAAGGAGAUCCCAAGCUACAAAAGCACAGACUACCCCAGAAAGACCACUGGCAUCGCGGACCUAACCGAGCGCAAAGUCGAAGGCGAGGCCGCGACCGACAAGUACCCUUUCGAGGAGAGUCGCGAAUCCGCUGGAGAACCAGACGGCAAAGCCGACGAGGAGGUCAUCGCGGAGCCUCCAGCCCUACCCAAGAGCCCACCUCCCAUCGAGUCCAGCUCCAGCACCUUCGCCUUGGAGAAACAGCAGCAACAGAGACACUCGACGCUAGCCGAGCCCAGGACAUCGUUCCUCCACGGAAUCACGGAGACCAAAACGAUCGGUAAACCCGUAAUACCGCAGAAACCCGUGACAUUGCCCACGAAAGCCGUCGGGGCGAGUCUGGCGUCGCUUCUCAGCGAGAACAGGGCGUACGAGUUCAGGCUCAGUCAGGCUGCGAGAAACAACAACCUUGUGCACUCGCAGAGCGAAACUCAGCUGUGCGAAGAAGUCGUGACGAAGAGGAACGCCGGACAGGAGAGCCAGAGUGGCAAGGCUGUCGCGGAGUCGUGCAGCGAGAUCUUCAAGGCUAGCGUGGCCAAGGUCGGCGAUAAGGAUGAUACGACGGAAGAGGACGAGGACGAGGACGACAGCGAAGCCUCGUCGACGGACCAGCCGCGUUCUAACGUCAACAAACGCCGCAUGGCACCUCAGCCACCGAGCUCUACUGUCUCGGCGGAAGACUCUUCCACGACGAUGUUCGCUCGAAACCCAGCUCCAACUCCCGUGAAAUCCGACUGUCCCGUAGUUCGCGAGAAGGAGAAGCGCGAACGCGCCUCGAGCUGCAGUCCCAAGUUCCGCAAGUCCGGCGUCUGCGAUGCUCCGGACCCGAGCCACCAGGUCGUCACCGGUAGACCACCCGAACCUGCGCCGAGGAGAAACAUCUCGUUGUCGCAGGACAGCCUGGCGAUGGCCGCUGGAUCCGAGAGGAUCGUCGAGGAGAAGAAGAAAAGCCGGUCCAAGUUUUCGCUGAAAAAGUUACUGAGGAUGGGCACCAGAAAGGACGUGGACAUGACGGGAGGUUCGAGCGGUUCGAGAAACGACGAGAUCCCAUCGACGCCACAGCCGAAGCCGAGACUGGAAAUCAUCCAUCCACUGGAACUCGAUGGUGCUGCUGUGCAGGUUCUCAGGAACGACAAGAUCAGCGGUGAGGACACGACCGACUCCAAGACUGAACCACAGGGCAACACCAACAGUCAGCCGGUGCACGGGGCGCAACACGUAACGACUCGACCAAGCAAACCACCACCGCCACCGCGGUCCCAGUCGCUGGACGAGUCGUCACGGCCCACAUCUCGCGCCUCGGUCCCGAAGCAGCCCCAACAGUCCAGCCCGACGAGCAGCAGCAACGGAAAGCCGCUGACGGGCAAAAGCUGGCAGCCGAGUGGCGGCAGUGGCUCUUCGGCCUCCGAUUCGAUUUACGCGAAUCUGGCAGUAGCGGCGGCAGCGGCAUCAGCAUCAGGGCAUGCAGCAGCGGAGGAUGUUGCAGGUGCGAUGAGGAGCGGCCUGGCCCCCGCCAAGCCGAGGCGCACCUCCAGCAUGAGGGACCAGGCUAACAACAACAACAAUAACAACAACAACGGCAACCCAACUACCGGUACUCCUGGGCUCGUGCCGAGUAGGAUCGGAGCUGCUGCUUCCGGGACUGGCAACGGCGUAGGCCUGCAGAGACAGCCGGGAGUCGAGAGGCAGAGGCCGGUCAUAGCGGACCUGCAGGAGCGACUAGCGAAGGCGUCGAGCGACCGUCGCUCCUGUUCGCCGGAGCUCAACGACUCCUCGGCGAGUCUGGAGCUGCGUCAGGGAUACGGCGGCAGCAACCACCCCGUCACCAAGAGGCAAUCCGACAGCGGAGCACUCGAGUCCAACAGCAGCGAGAUGAAGUUCCAACAGGCGCUAUUCAUCAGGUCCACGUCUCUGCCCUAUUGCGCCAGCGAGGCUGAGAGCGAGAUGUACUCCCCCUUCGGUUACUACUACGGAGACGAGAGCGCGGAAGACGGCCAAGAGAGAAAGAAAGAGGAGGAAACGCGAAUCGGCAGGCUGAGGCAGCGCAGAGGUCGGAGCAUCGUGCACCGCAGUCUGGAGGACAAUUACGGCGCUGUUAUCGUCGCCAAUCACGAGGCCCUCGCGCAAUUUUUGGAACAGACGAACCAGCCCUCGCCGAUACCGGUCGGUCUCCGUAGCCUAAAAACCGCGAGCAACCUGCAGUUCGGCGACUUCAGCAUCGACCGAAGCUCCGCCGUCUCAACGGGUCGUCGAGUUUUCUUCUCGGCCGUGUGGAACGAGCAGAACGUCACCCUCUGCCUCGCUUUCGAUCCGAGUAUGCACGCGUCGAGGAAAGAAUUUUACCUCGUGCCGAUCGUCGAGUUCAUCGAUGCCGUGCCUAAGGAUGUGUCGGAUCUGGGACGGCUGAACGGCAAGAAGAGCUCCGAAGCCACGAUAUCGGUUCUGCCGCGGCUGCAAGUCAACACCCUGAAGUCCUUCGCCGAGCUGAUAUCCUCCUCCGAAAGCGGCGGCAUGGACGAGAACUCGAUUCGAGAGUCUUCCUUCAUCCUCUUGCAGCUCGUCAGCGCGUUGAAGAGCUUGCAAGCUCGGGGCGUCGAAGAAGCUCCGGGAAACUUAGCCAACGUCGUGCUCUGCCGAGAGGACAAGGACGCCUAUCACCGACUCUACAUGUUCCAGGGGUUGAACAUCGAGAACUGCGAGAAUAACGGGGAGGAGUACGCCUCGCUGUGCCAGUGUGCUCAGAACGGUCUCAAGGAGCUUAAUCUCGCGGAAAAGCUGCCGCUCAUACAGGAGCUGCUCAUGCGAGAGAAAGCCGUUACGCUGUCCCAGGUAAAAUCCGUCCUGGAGUUCUCCCUCUGGGGACCAUCGGACGCGACACUGGGCGGUCCACGUGAGCGCGAGCAGGCGCUUCAACGAUGGCUGGACUUGGAGCGAGCGACUGUGCUCCACGCGUUGGUCCGAGCACGAGCCCAGCUCACCGUCACGGACGAGUACCAACUGCUCUUCCUCGUCCGCACCAGCGCCAAGAUCAUGUGCGAGGCAUCGCUGCUGCUCGAUCGUCAGCGAAGCGGACUACUGAUGCGCUCGAAUUGAGAAAAGUUGACGUUGGGUUGAAUGUUGACGUUGAAUGAAAGUACGACGGGUCGAUGUGUCUAUCUUGCCUGAAAAUUUGAGAAGUGCUAGUGUUGUACGUUGGAUUGUACAUAAACCAAUUAGUGUCUUGAAUUUACGCAAAACUUCGAAAGGGUAAAAAGUUGUGUCAUAAAAUUGCUUUUUUCAAAGUGACAAUUUCGCUCAGAUCAAAAUGAAUGCUUUAAUUUUUAUAUACGUAAAGGGUACGCUAUAUUUAGUCGAUUGGUAUUGCCAUAAAAUUGUUGUUAGUUGAAAUUUUCUAAAGCGGUGCGAGGAUGUUAAUUGUUAAAACAAGCUUGAAAUUCUAAUCGUUUUUAUAUAACAUUGAAACGAAGAUCAAAAUUCCAUUAGUAUUAAUCGAAUGGAUAUUAUAUGUUUACGUUACAUAUGAAAAGAAGAAUCUCAUUCGUUUACAUUAAUUUAUUGUUUUGUUAUAUUAUUGUUUUUAUACGUAAAAUCUAUAUUAAUACCUGUAUAUUAUAAAUACUCUAUUGAAUCUCCCAACUUAUAUAUAUAUUUUUUUACGAAUGUGCAAAGGUCGCGUUAGACUUGUCAACAGUGUACAUUUUCCCGUGUAAAUGCGAGAGCGACGUACAUAUUACGAAGUUGGAAUUGUAAGUAACGAAUUAGUCAUACAAUCAAAUUGUUGCCUGCACUGAGAACAAAUAUUACAACUGUAACUACAUUAUUUCAAUUUCAAUUUGACACUGUAUCUUAUUAUUAAAAUUUUUUAUAUUGUCUAAUAAAAGUUUCUUGCCAUAAUA